UGGAGCCUGGAGUCACAGCCUUCCCCUGCCUCAAUAUGGUGGUCUGUCCCCAGUGUCCAGAUGAAGAUGACUCUAAAGAAAAAGUCACAAUGAAUUUCUACUCUUCACCCAACCUCCUGAAGCUGGCAAGUCAGAGUCUACUGAGGGAGGAGGCCUUGGACAUUUCUGCUCUCAAGGAACUACCCAGAGAUCUGUUCCCAGUGAUAUUUGAGGAGGCCUUCACUGGUAGAUAUACAAAGAUCUUGAGAGCCUUGAUACCUGUGUGGCCCUUCCCAUACCUUUCUAAAGGAACGCUGAUAGAAAACUCCAACCUGGAGACUUUGAAGGCUGUGCUUGAGGGACUAGAUAUACUGAUUGCACAAAAGAUUCAUCCCAGUAGGUGCGAACUCAGAGUACUCAAUUUAAGGAAUACACACCAUGCUUUGUGGAGGAUAAAUGAGGGAUCCUAUGAACAUGAAGGCUUACCAGAGUUCAUGACACAGAAGCAUCCGGUGGAAAACAGUCCUGACUGUAGAGAGAAUAAAGAAUUGACUGUGACAGUAGACCUCAAACUCAGUGAGGAUGGAAUGGAUGAAUCUGCCACAUACUUGUUGCAGUGGGCCCAGCAGAGAAAAGAUUCCAUUCAUCUAUGCUGUAGGACAUUAAGGAUUCAUGGCUUACCCAAAGCUGUAUGCAGAGAAAUCUUCAAAGUUGUACAUGCAGGCUGUAUACUGGAUCUUGACUUGAGGUUUUUGUACCCAGAAGAGAUAGAUUUUCUUAAUCCCUACCUGAGCCAGAUGAACAAUCUUCUCACACUCAUGCUAAAGAGCAUCAGAGGUGCCUGCAGUAUGGAUGAUGAUUCUGAAGGGCUUGAUGAGGAGAAUAUGAGCAGGUUGAUUUCUUCAUUUUCCAAAUUCCACUGUCUCCAGAAUCUCUAUGUAAAUGAUGUCAUCUUUCUAGAAAACCAACUGAAAGAAUGCCUCAGGUGCCUGAAGAAGCCCUUGAAGACUCUUUCCAUCACUGGUUGUUUCUUAUUACACUCGGACUUUGAUUACCUGCACUACUGCCUGAAUAUUUCUGAGCUCAAAUAUCUGAACCUGACUGCUACAUAUUUAUAUCAUUUAGACCCUGAUAGUCUUGGAUUCCUCCUUGAGAAGGUCAAAGAUACAUUGCAAUCCCUGGAAUUGGAGUUAUGUUUAAUGGAGGAUUCUCAUUUCAGUGCCAUUUUGCCUGCCCUAAGCCAAUGUUCCCAUCUCACAAAGGUCAAUUUCUAUAAUAAUGAACUUUCUCUGCCUUUUCUGAAACAACUUCUACACCACACAGCCGAACUGAGCCAGCUGACCUAUGAGGUAUACCCUGCCCCUCUGGAGUGCUAUGAUGACAGUGGUGUAAUACUUUCACACAGAUUAGAAAAAUUUUGUUCUGAGCUUCUGGAUAUAAUCAGGGCCAAAAGACAGCCCAAGAGAGUCACAUUUGCUACAAUCCAAUGUUCUAACUGUAGUGGGUCAUAUGUUUAUGAUCUGGAGACCCAACAUUGCUUAUACCAGAAAGAACAACUGUCAGAUUGA